AUGAGAAUGUCCUUGGCUCAGAGAGUACUACUCACCUGGCUUUUCACAUUACUCUUCUUGAUCAUGUUGGUGUUGAAACUGGACGAGAAGGCACCUUGGAACUGGUUCCUCAUAUUUAUUCCAGUCUGGAUAUUUGAUACUAUCCUUCUUGUCAUGCUGAUUGUGAAAAUGGCUGGACGGUGUAAGUCUGGCUUUGACCCUCGACAUGGAUCACACAAUAUUAAAAAAAAAGCCUGGUACCUCAUUGCAAUGUUACUUAAAUUAGCCUUCUGCCUUGCACUCUGUGCUAAACUGGAACAAUUUACUACCAUGAAUCUGUCCUAUGUCUUCAUUCCUUUAUGGGCCUUACUGGCUGGGGCUUUGACAGAACUUGGAUAUAACGUCUUUUUUGUGAGAGACUGAAUUCUAAAUACAUCAUCUCAUUUUUAUUGCCGUUCAACAAGCUAUCAUUAAAGUGUUCUGAAUCUUUGCAAGCUUCAAGAGUGCUAGAGAACUGAGAAAAAAUACUAAAUGUAGUUUUAUACUGCUUCCCUAAAAUAGACUUGGUGAAUAAAUCAUGGACUUCUAAUUAACCCAAAAUUUAAUUAUUCAGUAUUCAAGUCAUUAAUGUUCUUAUUACCCAUAUGUAAAUAAAGUUUGUUUUGGAUCUCAUCUUUCUACCUGACUCCUGAAUAAUCUGUUGUAGGUGGUAUUUAAAGUAAGUAAAUAAAACCUUUAAUCUACAUACGUGAGCUUAAUGUAUCAUGGUCCCAUUAUGACCAAAGUAAAUGGCCAUAUGUGCUUCUAAUUUAUGAAGGGAAAAAACACUACCAGUAGUUACUGAAAUAGUUACAGAUGUCAUAUCAUGUUUAUGGUUCAGAAAGAAUCGGAGAGUUUGACAGCUUUUUAUCAGCCUAAGUUCAUUAUUACCUCUGCCUUCUGUUUGGGACAGAUGAGUUGGAAGUGGCAUAUUGAAACAGAGAAGCACAUUCUUCCUAAAGUUAUGGGAACCAUACAUCCAGGUUUGGUCAGGACAGGCCUACUUUAUGCCUGUUGUCCCGGCAUCCCAGGGAGUUAGUGCCCCCUUUCACUCUUAGAAAGGAGCCCUGGUGGUGCAGUGGUUAAGCCUUCAGCUGCUAACUGAAAGGUCAGCAGUUUAAUACACAAGCUGCUCCACGGGUGAAAAAUGUGACAAUCUGCUUCCAUAAAGAUUACAGCCUUAGAAACCCUAUGGGGUAGUUCUGCACCAUUCUGUAGGUUUGCUAUGAGUCAGAAUUAAUGGCAACAGGUUUGGUUUUUCACUUUUAGAAGUGUCCUUGAUUGAAAAAUUAAAUAAU